CUCUCUCUCUCUCUCUCUCUCUCCAGCUUUAUUUUGAAAUCGAGGUUUUCUCUCUCUUAUUUGAUUUUCUCCUCGAUUUUGUUGGUUUGAUAUGAAUUUCUCAUUUGUUGUGAUGUUAUCUUAUUUAUGCACCAGACCAAGACAAAAACUGCGAGACUGUGACUUCUCCUACACUUCUCUCUCGACGCAUCCGCAAAUUUUUUAAAAAAAUUUAUCAAAUAUUUGCUUGUUGACUUUACCCAGUUGUAAUUUUCCCAAACAAACAAAACCCCUUUUGUUAUGGUUUUCUGAAAUCAGAACAAUUGCUGGUUCCAGGAAUGAGAUUCAUUAUUAUGUUUGAAUUGGAUUUGUUCUUAAUUUGGGAAUUAACAGGUGUAGUUACCGUUAUUUGUGCUCCAAUGGCAAGUGGGAAUCCUUUUUUUGAUGAUUUGAGCUCAAAACCAGAAAUCAUUGAUCCACCUGAAAAUGAAGACACUUUGGAUGUUGGAGAGCAUGUCAACAACCCUGCUGAAAGUGCUCUAAAACCUAAUGUUGCUAUAUCAAGUAACGUUCGUGAGCUUCUAGAGUGCCCAGUUUGCUUGAAUGCUAUGUAUCCUCCAAUUCAUCAGUGUUCGAAUGGCCACACAUUAUGCUCUGGCUGCAAGCCCAGGGUUCACAACCGCUGCCCAACUUGCAGGCACGAGCUCGGCAACAUUCGAUGCCUGGCACUGGAGAAAGUAGCCGCGUCCCUUGAGCUCCCGUGCAAAUAUCAAAAUUUCGGGUGUCUUGGCAUCUACCCUUACUACAGCAAGCUCAAGCAUGAAUCCCAAUGCAGCUUCAGGCCGUACAACUGUCCUUACGCGGGGUCUGAUUGUUCGGUUUUGGGCGAUAUCCCGUUUCUCGUGAGCCACUUAAAAGAUGACCACAAAGUAGACAUGCACAGUGGCAGCACCUUCAACCAUAGAUAUGUCAAAUCAAAUCCGCACGAGGUCGAGAAUGCCACGUGGAUGCUCACGGUUUUCAGUUGCUUUGGGCAGUACUUCUGCCUGCAUUUCGAGGCGUUUCAGCUCGGGAUGGCACCUGUCUACAUAGCCUUCUUACGUUUCAUGGGUGAUGAUGACGAUGCAAAAAAUUACAGUUAUAGCCUCGAGGUUGGGGGCAAUGGGAGGAAAAUGAUAUGGCAAGGCGUGCCCAGAAGCAUCAGGGACAGCCACCGGAAGGUCCGUGACAGUUUUGACGGGCUCAUCAUUCAACGCAAUAUGGCCCUCUUUUUCUCAGGUGGAGACAGGAAAGAGUUGAAGCUCAGGGUCACUGGUCGGAUUUGGAAGGAGCAGUAAUUGUAAUGAUUAUUCAUGGAUGCACGACCUGAAGGUGAUUGUGUGAUUUUAGCUUUAGAAUUAGAUUUUUUUUCUUUGUGUUCGUUGGGCAAGGUGGUUUCGUAUGGUCAUGUGUUGCUCGAGUUUCGCUUGGGCAAUCUCUCCUUGCUCGUCCGAUGCAUUAAAUACAUGGUGUUAGACUUUAGAAGGGGCCUUAAUCCGUGUUUGCCGUGCUUUAGGAUGUUGUAUUAGUGAUGUGGAAUCUUUGUAGUCCAUGUUUGUAUGUUUGUUCUUUGGUAAAACUUAUUAAAAUUUGUGCCAUCAAGCUGCAAAGAGAUAUGAUGGGCUAUAAAGAGAUUGUGUAAUAUGUAUGUGGUUAUCAUAUCGAAAUUCGUCUCAACCUAUGGGCCAGUCCGACCGGCUUGGUAUUUUGGUGGGUUUAAAGCCUUUGUUUUCCGGCCAAGCUCAAAUGGGAGCAACUCUCUGCUAGGGCUGCAAACAAGUCUAGCGAAGUUUAGCAUUGGUUUGAUCACAUUAGGAUCAAUAUUUAUGCAAUGUUGUUCUAGCUUGAGUUCGACCUUUUAAGAGUGUUUGGUAAGAGUUGUAGUUAGUUUAUGAUUAGUUUAUAAGCUUCUUGUUUGCAAAUAAGAUUGAAAUGGUAUGAUCAAUUGUUUUAUAAAGUUAGAGUUUGUCUCAUAUAA